GCUGCCAUUUUUAUAUAUAAGUCCAAAGUGAUAUAGCCAAAACCAUCAAAAGGUAAAACCAAAAAUCUGAUUCCCAAACACUUAGAGGUCGAGAGAAAUAAAAUAUUUUCCGGCGACGAAAUGGCUUCUUCCUCCGGUUGUUUCUUCGUUGUUACUAUGGCAAUCUUGUCACAAUUUCUCUUAGCACCAGCAUCAGCAUUGAUCAACAGAGAAUACAUCGAUGCCAACUGUCAACGAGUCAAAAACAAAUCCUUCUGCGUCCAGACAUUAACCACCUAUCCACCCGCCGCUUCUGCAACCGGCCUGUUACCAUUGGCGGAAGCCGUGGUCAGCCUUGCAGUAGCCCACGCUGAGAAAACUGCAGGUUUUGCGGCCGAAUCAGCCAAAAAGGAGGCAGCAUUGACGACGCAAUUCAACGAGUGCCACGACGCCUACGUUGGUAUUGUGGCGUCUCUUAAGAGCGCAAACUUGCAACUCAAGGACACACCAGACACUGCCAACUACGACGUUAUGGUUUCUGGCGAUGAGAUAAAGCGCGUGAAGGAUACGGUUGGGAAAAACAUCGACAAGUCUUCCAAAACGCUCAUGGAGAUGACAUUGCAGAUGGAGAAACUUCUUGAUCUAGCUGCUGGUGCCACCGAUGCUGUUGACGACGACGAUGAAAACGUGCAUCGUCGUGCUUGAUGUUUGAACUAAGUUGGGGUUUUCCAUUUUUUUGGUUGUUUGCUUUUGGUAAAAAACAUGAAUGGAUUCAAAGGACAUAUAUGAAGACUAUAUGUCGCUAAUAACUGAAUCUUAGGAAAAUUUUUAAAAAAAUUAUAUGUCGUAAUUUCCAAGUAAUUAAUUCUUUUAUACAUGCAUAAAUAUAUUAGUUGGUGUAAGGAAAACUCUCAAAUGAAAAAUUAGUU